AUGAAGGGUGUCACUGCUUUUGCCAUCUUUGUUCUGGCAGCCACUGCGUGGGCUACCUCUCCACCAGAAUUACAGGUAGACUGUUACAAAUACAAGAGUAAAGGCACACUGAUUGUGUGCUCAAGGAUUCUUAAACCAGUGUGUGGCACGGACCAGAGAACUUACAGCAAUGAAUGCAUGUUGUGUAAGCUAAAUGAAGAUCAACAAUUUCAACUCAGAAAACUUCAUGAUGGUGAAUGUGUUCAGUGCACCUAUUCUAACGUAUGCACCAUGGACUACAAACCUGUCUGUGGAUCUGAUGGAAAAACAUAUGGCAAUCAAUGUUCAUUUUGCAAUGCUGUUGUGAAGAGUCGUGGUGCACUUUAUUUGAAUAAUUAUGGAGAAUGCUGAGUGUUCCCAGUGCUCAAGGACACCAAGUUUCCUCUGGCAGAGUCCACUGAGAGACCAGUGUCUACGGAAUGGCUGAGGAGGCAAGCAAUGACCUAGAACAAAUGCAGAUUUGAUUCUUCAAUAAAACAUUCUUAGCAGGAACCAUACUGUCAGGUUUGA